GAGCUGAGAGAUUUCGCUUCUGUGAACUGAUAAUUUUAAUCCAAACAUUAUUAUGUAAUAAGAAUAGGUUAUAGGUAGGUAUUUUGAAACGCUAAUCGUAGUUCAUAUUAUGGGCGUCUAAGCAAAACAAGAAUCAUUCAUUCAUAUCAGAUUUUCAGAAGUUAGAACUUUUCCACAAGAAACAAAUGAUCUUUGUCGGCGGCAAGAAAAAGCUCUUCCUCCUCCUCCUCCUCCCACUCCCACUGUCUUCUUCCGGUCGCCACUUCCUCUCCACCGCCGACGUCGCUGCUGCCUCCUCUUCUUCCAAACUGCGCACCAAAUACUCCUUCGUGCCUCCAUCCUCCCUUAAACCCCCCACGGGGGACCCACCGCCCCAAAAGAAGCCCAACCCCAAGCCCCGCUACCGCCCACCCUCCUCUCUCCACAGGGACGCCCACCAACCGCCGGCGUCUACCUUGCCGUUCGACUUCCGCUUCAGUUACACCGAAACCAGUCCUACCGUGCGCCCUAUUGGUCUUCGCGAGCCUAAAUACUCCCCUUUCGGGCCGGGCCGGUUGGAGAGGGUAUGGACCGGCGUAUGUGCCCCCGCGGUUGAUCCCAAACACGGAUCGCCCCAAGAUGAGACAAAGCUGGAGGAAGAGAGGAGGGCGAUGAGACACAAAAUUCAAGGAGAGCCAUUGUCCAAUGCAGAGAGGAAAGCUCUGGUUGAGAGGUGUCAGAGGCACAGAACUAAGAGACAAAUCAAUUUAGGUAGAGAUGGAUUAACACACAACAUGUUGAACGAUAUUCAUAAUCACUGGAAACACUCCGAGGCUGUCAGAAUAAAGUGUAUGGGAGUGCCCACUGUUAAUAUGAAGAAUGUGUGCUCUCAAUUGGAGGAUAAGACGUUUGGUAAGAUCAUCCAGAGACAUGGUGGUUCGAUUGUGCUAUACAGAGGGAGGAAUUAUGAUGGGAAGAAGAGGCCGGUGAUUCCAUUAAUGUUAUGGAAACCUCAUGAACCCGUUUAUCCAAGGCUUAUAAAAACUACUAUUGAUGGCUUGAGCAUCGAGGAAACCAAGGAAAUGAGAAAAAGAGGAUUAGCUGUUCCCGCUUUAACAAAACUCGCUAAGAAUGGCUAUUAUGCUAGUCUUGUACCCAUGGUUCGGGAUGCUUUUCUGACAGAGGAGUUGGUUAGGAUAGAUUGUAAAGGACUUCCAAGGAGCGAUUACAAGAAAAUCGGCUGCAAACUGAGGGAACUGGUUCCUUGUAUCCUGGUAACAUUUGAGAAGGAGCAGAUUGUGAUAUGGAGGGGAAAACACUAUAAACCUAAAGAUGAUGGAUUUUUGCUCCCGGAUAGGGAAAUAUUUGACGAUCCAAACGAUACUUUGGGUAAUUUUCCAGAAGAAAAUGAGACUCGGGGCGAGAUUGAGUUUUGUUGAGGGGAGGAGUAAUUGUUUGUAAAUGGUGCUGUGUCUGCGGAUUAACAAUUUUUGAGAUUGUCAAAAUUGUUAAGGUUGUGGGACUCCUUUGGCCAAUUUUUGAGUGGUGGAUGGUUGUCAUUGCCAAUGUUGUUGGAGGUUGGUUGGUCGGGAACAAAAUUGUGAUUUGGCUGGGCCUACGAUGCAUGGAGUAAUACAUUGACGAAAUCAGACAACUUGGUCACUUGAAAGGAAAGGGGAUAUUGGCUUUGUUUGGUAGCUAAAUGACGGUUAGCUGAUAGCUGUUAGAGGGUAUGAUUAGUUGAUAACAUUAGUUGAUUG